GGGAGGGCAGAAAUACUGGGGAGGCCUAAGGGUUUGGGGGAAGGAGGAGGAGCAGUCUCAGGAAAGGAUGCUUGAGCCAGGAAGCCUAGGGAUUGGUCUGCUGGGAUUUGGUGACGUGAUGCUGUGUGAAUGGGGCUGCGAACAAGAAUGGAUGCGGAGCAAUCAGUGAUGGCCCUGGACCACCUUUUCUGCUUGCAAACCUGCCACGAGACAGUGAGGACGAUGGGGAUGGUGGUUCGCAGAGGAAACUGAGCCUCUGCCUGUGAAGAGGCCUCAGCGAAGAGAGCCCCUCCCCUCUCCCCGCCACCAUCAUGGAGCCCCGGAGGGAGCGGGCCGGGUGGUGCGCAGGGUACCGGGGGGAGGAGGCGCUGGCGGAAACGAGGCCAUUGCUGCGAGAGGACACUGGUCAGGAUGGUGUUGACAUGAGGAUUGAGCCCAAAGGCUGGGGGUCCGAUGACCCAGACUUGGACGAAGAUGAGAUCGGCCCAGAUCCCGUUCGGGUCCUGAUGUUGCCACUUCAGGCCCAUCAUGCUAUGGAGAAAAUGGAAGAAUUUGUCAUGAAGGUGUGGGAGGGCCGCUGGCGUGUCAUGCCUUAUGAUGUACUGCCUGACUGGCUAAAGGAUAACGACUUCCUUCUACAUGGCCACCGGCCACCCAUGCCUUCAUUCCGCGCCUGCUUCCGCAGCAUCUUUCGCCUCCACACAGAGACUGGAAACAUCUGGACGCAUCUGCUUGGAUUCCUCUUCUUUCUGGUCUUGGGCAUUGGAUACAUGAUCAGCCCCAACAUGAAAUACGUUGCCCCGAUCCAGGAGCGAGUCGUCUUUGGCAUGUUCUUCUUAGGAGCCAUUCUUUGUCUCUGCUUCUCCUGGCUGUUCCACACUGUCUACUGCCAUUCUGAGAAAGUUUCCCGCACCUUCUCCAAAUUGGACUACUCUGGAAUUGCCUUGCUCACCAUGGGCAGUUUUGUACCCUGGCUGUAUUACUCCUUCUACUGUUCCCCACAACCCCAACUCAUCUACCUCAUCAUCAUUUGUGUGCUGGGUGUGACUGCCAUCAUGGUGUCCCAGUGGGAUCACUUCGCCACUCCACAGUACCGAGCAGUCCGGGCAGGGGUGUUUCUGGGCCUAGGGCUGAGCGGGCUGGUGCCCACCCUCCAUUUCAUGAUCGCAGAAGGCUUCAUCAAGGCCACAACGGUGGGACAGAUUGGGUGGCUCUUCCUCAUGGCUGUCCUCUACAUCCUGGGGGUUGGGCUCUACGCAGCCCGAAUUCCUGAACGCUUUUUCCCUGGCAAGUGUGACAUAUGGUUCCACUCCCACCAGAUCUUCCAUGUGCUGGUGGUAGCAGCGGCCUGCGUUCAUCUCCAUGGGGUCUCCCAGCUGCAGGCUUUCCGCUCAUCCCUGGGUGGCAGCUGCACCGAGAACACUGUGCUCUGAUAGCCUUUGAGGCCAAACUGACCACCUCUUCUGGACAGGGACCAGCCCUGCAAGUCACCUGGCACACCGUACUUGGUAUGGACCAAGAGGGCAGGGCCUCUCUUAAAACCCACUGCCCCACUUUCAGGAGUGGGAUAUCCCCCCCUUUUUUUUCUCUUUCCUUGUAAACAAUCAAUCUGUAUUAAGUCCCAGAUCUUUUUUUUUUCUUUUCAGGAAGGGCAGGGGCUCUCCUUUCCUCCCAGGCCAAAGCUGCCCUUUUGUGUUGGGGGAAAAUAUGCAUAUGUAUAUGUGUUUGAAAGAGAUGCAAGAAGCUAAUUUAGCUGGUGUGGAGAACCAAAGGAACAGAUGGUAAUAGGGGCUAAAACGGCCCAUUGAGAAAGCUUCAAAAAAAGUGGAACAGAUGCAUGACGUCUCCUGUAGGGUUAAAGGAUGAUGUUUUAAUAUAUGAACUAGUAAGGGAUCUGGUAUAGGUCUGAACAGGCUGCACGUGUGUGUUCAGUCUUUAUUUAUGAAAUGCUGUCCUUCUUUUUGGAGGGGUUUCUUAUUUUUAAAUGCUCUACCCAAUUGUAGAGUAAUUGCUUCUCACUUAAACAGAAGUUGGAUUUAUUGGACCAGCAGAGGAAUGAGACUCAAAAAGCCAGUCUUCUGGUUUUCCUGCUCAGCUUGGCCUGAGGAAAAAUAAUAACAUUGGUAUGGCUAUAGCCCAUAAUCUACCAGCUGUCCCUCUCUCCUCUUAGCAGAAGUCUCUGGUCCUUGCUAGAACUGGGGUAUGUGAUAAGCACUUUGGAAAUGGGGGUGGUGGGGUGGGAACAGAGGCUUUACCUAUUAUGGCUGGGAAAAUAAAGCUAGAACACCUUUCUUAUGUAUAAAGGGAUCAAAGUGUUGGCCUGGAGAAACUGUCCUGAGGACACAGAUUGUUUACCUCCAUCCUUUCACCAGCAAAUUAGAGUUGUGUUGUUGCAGAAACACAAAUGCCAACUCUUUUUAUCCCUGAUAAAUUGAUAGAUGGACAAGAUUGGCACUUUCUAUUACAAAAAGGAUGAGGAUGAGGAGCAUCUUUCUCAUCCCUGAGAACAGUGGUGCUAAGGCCAUUUUCAUCCAAGGCAGACUUCCCCCACCUGAGACGUGUGCCCAUUGUCCCCAGCUACCUGCAUGGCCUGGGGAUGAAGCGAGGUGUAGGCCAACCGUCACGUUAGGGAAGGCUGAUUUAGGGGACAUCAGACAUCUAGAGGGGUCUCUCACUUGGUUCAUCUUACAUGUAAGGCCCACCAGUCCAGGGGAUAUUAAAUUAAAUGCUGUCCCAGGCAGCACCGUUUCUCAGCCUCACAGAAGUGCAUGUUCCCUAGAUCUCUGGAACAGCCUCAGAUUCUAGGGAAAACGUAAAGAUGGGCAUGCAUACAAUUUGGAUCUUCUAUCUUGUGAGCUGUCUACACUAUGGCUUGAAGCCCUUUUCUACUCCAGCCUCAACCAAGUCAAUGCCUCUCUAGAACAAGAAGCAAUUCUGUCCCACUGGACAACACUGAAUGGACAAAAGGCUGCCCGCCCAUCUCUCUCUCCCUCUCAUUCUUUUGCAAUACUUGGUUGAUCUUUAUAUGUAUUGAAGUUGUGUGGCAUUGGGAAGCAAGAUGCUGGGAGCAGAGAACUGGAUGGAAACAUAGUACAGGGUUUCUUGGAAGGGAGUAGCCAAAGCUCCAUGGUUCCCUUUCUGUUGUGAUCAUGAAUGUUACCAAUGAGAGGCAUGGCAUAAGAUAAAGAGGUGGGCUGAAAGGACAAUCCUCUUUUUGUGUGAAUCCCACCCUCUGCCUUGUAUUGAACUACUGAAGAGAAAUAAUGGCACCUAAGCUGAGCAAUCCUUUGAUGCUUUAUUUGGAAUAUGUUAUUGCAAUCACUUUAAUAACGCCAAGGGCCUCAUAAAGAAGACAGAAGUUAGGGCUUCUCCUUUUCUGUGCCCAGGUUGUGCUCUGUAGAGGGCAUUUUGAAGCACUUUCAUGGUAAUAUAUGAGCUGCUGUUGCUACAGGUGAGAAGGGAUAUGUUGAGAAGGAAGCUUGAAGACUCGCAUUACAAAAUGGUGUAUGUUUUGUAAUGAUUCUUGGAUCUGCAGUCAUCAUUACAGAACCAUCACGAAUGGAGUGGGAGUCUCAAAAGCAGGGCUGACAUUUGGUACACCCUUCACAGUAUUUAAGCUAUUGAGAUGAACAGUUCACUUAUACAGUGUGACAAUCCCAUUCUCCCCCAUCAGUUUUGUAGUCACAAGCUAGGCAGAAAACAGGGGGCUGGCAGCUUUACUGAGAAGGAGAUAAGCAGGUCUAUUGAAUCCUAGUUGGUUUGCUCUAUAAAUAUAUAUGACUGGUGUGAAUGUGUGUGUGGACAAGUGGGCCACAAGUUUUGUGAGCCAUAUUUAUUGGGAAAUACGAAUUGUUAAAGGCUUCCUUGAAGAUGUGGCAAGUGGGGGUAAAUGUCAUCUUUAUUUAUUAUUUUUUUUAAAAAAUAUCUGUUCUCUCAACUUCUUUUGUUGGAAACUUCCUCGGAGGCACUGAUUUUUCGCUGGAGGCUAUGCUUGUUUUUGCAGACUACUUGUCAUAGUGAGAAUUCAUACUGGGCCCAAUAGGAGCCAGGCUGGUGAAGCAAAACAGUUCUUCCAUAGGGAACCAUGAGUCCAAUCUCACCAGUUGUGUUCCCAGACCUGGGAAGGAGGGAUGGAUAACAGUGUAACAUCAUGGAUUCAUCUUAUUGCUGAAGAGGCACUGAGGUACAGUGGUUUGUGGAUGGAGCAAACAGAGAUGAAUUGAAAUUAAGCACAUUGGAAAAUGACAUUUAUGGUUGCGAUUGUCCUCUCCAGGGAAUUUACAAGGACCAGCUUUCACUCUUCCAGUUGUUUGCUCCAACACAGGGCAUCUGCGCAGCCAUUGACACCUAGUUGCUCUGUACAUAAAAAAACCUGAGUUCUUUGUGAACUGUUCCCUAAACAUGUCCCUUCCUCACCCAUAACAUCCCACUCCCAAAAUGGCCCCACAACCGCUCUCCCAUUCUCGCCUCGCCCGCCCUAUCUUUGUGGGAAGCGCUUAGGAGCGCUUUUGUUUUUAAGAGUUUGGUUAUUUUUCUACUGGCCGUUGUGAUAAAAUAAUAAUAAUCUUAGAAGCCAGACACUUGAAAAAAAAAGAAGUAAAAAUACUUAAAGUGUAUUAUUGAUAAUUAUGAGAAUAAAAAUUUGUUUCCCUAAUUCA